CCUUUUAAACCCCACCCCAACCGCCGUAAAAAUUCAAUUUUUAUUCUCCUCUUCGUUUCGUUUCUGGAAUUCCUUCGUCGAUCCAUGGCGACUCGCUCUCUGUUGCUCGUGGGGUUCCUCAAUCUCGUCAUGGUGGGAGUUUCGAACGCUCUAAUUUCCUCGAAUCCAUCGACUCACCGAGCGAUUUCGAAUUUGAGGGAUGCGGUCGUCAAGGGGCUCGGGAUCCAUGCGGAGGGCGUGGAGGUGUCGGGGUUCGACGUGCGGGACGUACGGGUGGGGCAGUCGGUCGCCUACGAGUACGACAUCGAGAUCGAUAAGAAGGUGAUCCCGAUCAAGCUGUCGGAGGACGUGAGACGGUGGGAUUCCGUGGAUCGCACCAUCUUUGGAGAGGACGGGGAGGGGGGAGGAGAUGCGACAGGGUUGGUGCGUAUGGGGAGGAGGCCUGAUUCGAUGGUUCCGCCGGUAUUGUCUCCGUUUCAGCUGGCCGGGCCUUUGGAGCUCUGGAUUCAAGACGGUGAUGAUAUGAGGCUUUUCUUGCCGCACGAUGUCGAAGCAGGAGCGCUGAAGAAGGUGAUCUUGUCGGACGGCGCAGUGGUGACAGUGAAGGGCGCCAGGUCCGUCAGCCUCAGGCGCCCGCUCGAGCUCCCCCUCCCUUUCCUCCUCAACCGCACCCAUCACAGUGGCCACCAGGACGCGUCCGGCCUGCUUGCCACCGCGGAGGCCGUGCGCCGUGCAGCCGGAUCGAAGGGCCAACCCCUCCUCUCCCUCCGCAUCGUCGGCCCCACCUCCCUGACCUCCUCGCCGUCGACGUCACCCCACGACAAGCUCAAGCUCAGGCGCUUAGCCCCAGGCCUCGUCGAGCUCUCCUCGCGUUCCAUCCCAACCAUCGCAGUGCAGAAGCCAACCCUGUGGCCUCUGACAUCAUUGAAUGGGUCCGAUUCCAACCUCCAGGGAUUCGAGGAGAUGCUGGCGUCGGUGUUAGGGCCAAAGGGCAAGGAGGAAGGAUCAUUCCAGUUGCUGAGGGCAGAGGUAUCAGCUAGAAAUUACAUCAAGACGGGCUUCACACUUGUGGAGAACAUUUCGGACGACGAGGUAGAUCGGUCAGGGUUCCCAGAGUGGAUGACUAGACCAGAGAAGGCCAUGACCCAAUUCGAGGUUCUCGCUCGGAUGGAGGAGAAUGGAGAGGUCGUUCCAGAGAGGAUCGCGGUGGUGAAGCCAGUUCAGGUAGCGGACAGUGAGCUAGAAAGCGUUGCAACCGGAAAUUCCACCAUGUCCGGGGCUUCAAUAGUUCACCCUCCUCCAAGCUAUUUCACCUUGUGAUCCUGUUCUGCGUUGCUGUCUUCUUGCCGAGAAACACCCCAAAUGUAAAGCUGCUUCUUUUCGUCCGUUUGUAUCGCCAGCUGAUGUACGUAAAUCUACAUGUAUUUUAUGGUAGAUGUAUAAAAAUAAGGUUUUGAUUAAUCUCUAUGAUAGAUAUGGUAUUUCUCUUUC